AUGGCUUCAGGCUACGGUACUGGGGCCCCUGCCGAUCGGUAUCUAGGGCCCCCUCCUCCCGGCAUGGAUCUCGGCCACCCAGACGACAGAAACUGGCAACAGAGCGGCCACCGUACCCCAGAGCGAUCCAUGGCCUCGCCGGCCCUCUCACCCAACCCCAACGCAAACCACUCGGGCGCGCCAGGCCAAGCCUGGGAUAUGGACGACCGCCAGAUGGUUGAUAGAAACAACCCUCCCCGACAGAAGCCGUCGCGAUCUGCGAGCGGGCAAGUUCGAUUAUGCGAGAAGUGUGGUCUUCAAUUGACUGGCCAGUUUGUCCGCGCCCUCGAUGGCACAUACCAUCUUGAUUGCUUCAAAUGCCGUGAUUGUGGACAGAUUGUCGCCUCCAAGUUCUUCCCCGUUGACGACGAGAACGGCAACGGCCAAUACCCUCUCUGCGAGACCGAUUAUUUUAGGCGCCUUGGCCUCCUUUGUUACCAGUGCGGCCAAGCCUUGCGUGCUUCCUACAUCACCGCCCUCGAUCGCAAAUACCACGUCAACCAUUUCACCUGUUCGGUCUGUCCAACCGUUUUUGGCGCUUCCGAUAGCUAUUACGAGCACGAUGGCCAGGUGUACUGUCAUUACCAUUAUUCCACCGGCUUCGCACAGAGGUGUAACGGCUGUCAGACGGCCAUUCUCAAGCAGUUCGUCGAGAUAUUCCGAAAUGGCCAGAACCAGCAUUGGCACCCCGAGUGUUACAUGAUCCAUAAGUUUUGGAACGUGCGCCUGAGCGAGUCGAACCAGCCUCCGAAACCUACGAGACCUCCCCAGGACAACAUGGGCCGCGAUACCGUCAAGGAGGAUGAGGAGCGCAUGGAGGAAAAGGUUUACCGUAUAUGGAGCGUCCUUUCAGCAUUCGAGGAGUCGUCUGCAGCCUGCAUAUCCGAUAUGCUGCUGCACGUGAGCAAUGGUGGCUUCUUGGACGGCGUCCUUGUGGCAAAACGCUUCAUCUCCCACGUCGAGGUGCUAUUCCGAUCCAUGGACCGCCUGAGCGUGAAUAUGUCCCAUGUCAACGUUAAACCCAUGUCUUUCGGGAGGGAGGCGAAACUCCUCUGCAAAAAGAUUGUCGCCUUUUUCUCCCUAUUGUCUAAAUCCCAAGACGUCGAAUCAAAGAAAUUGGGCGUGACUCAGGAGCUGCUCUCCUUGGUGACCGGCCUCGCGCAUUAUCUUAAGCUCCUCAUCCGCAUCUGCCUUCAAGGCGCUCUUAGGCUAGAACAGGAGUCUCACGCUCCCGAUGGCCUCUACCAGUUCCUCGACGACCUCAGCGAUCUCGAAGCUCUCAGGCUAGAGGACAACUCCCUUCAGGUUCUCAAUGGCUCCUCCAAACUAUCGGCCAAGGAUUCGGACCACUGCGCUCUCUGCUCCAAGUCGGUCGAGGACGAAUGCGCCCGCAACGGGGCCUACAGAUGGCAUAUUGGCUGCGUUGGAUGUACUCGAUGCGGAAAGGAUCUCGGGAGAAGGCUGCAAGAAGCCCGAUUCAACGCAUUUGAUAAGAUGACGUACUGCAGCAACUGCAUCGCCAUCAACACGGAAGAGAUGCCGCCCUUCGAGCACAUCACCAAGUUGCAACAGUAUGUAUUCCUUCUCAAGGUCGCGCUUGCCCGCCUCCUCGACAUGCUCCGCAGCGCAGGCGUCAUCCCACCGGCAUCCGACGAUUCGGGGGCCAACGGCAACGGCACAGAGAUUUAUGGCUCGUCUUCGGAACAGACUGGAUCCGCCCAGAGGACACCGCUCGACCAGAGAUCCAAGACGUACCCUGGCGCCAACGAGAGGGAAGGCGGGAAUCGUGAAUCGACCUACGAGAAUACCCUUGCCGACGUGCGACGGUUGAGGAGUACGCGCCUCGACAAACACCUCUCGUCAAGUUUUAGGAAGGCGAGGACGUCAAGGAUCAUGGAUGGCCCCGAGGGCCGUAGCGUCCGGCCUGGUUCUUCCGGUGCGGAUGACCAGAAUCGGACUGAUCAUCAAUUUCAUAUUGUCGAGGACCGAGGUGCCAACGAUGUAGGAACAACGGACACGAUGUUUGGAAAUAAUGACGCCCUGACGCUCGACGACAUCCCGAGAAUCGUGGCCGCCGAACAGGUCCGCGAAAAGUCGAUGCCCUUGCAACAGGGUCUCUUCAGGUCGCCUAGCGUUGCAGCUGGAAAGCAGGGCAGCCACCAACGAUCGCUGUCCGCGAGCAGAGACGAGCGCCAAGGCGGCUCUGAUAUGCUACAGCGGGGAGGGAGGCGCUUCUUCUCGGAACUUUCGGGGCUGGAAUACUUCAUCGUCAGGCACUUAGCUGUCUUGACCAUGCAGCCGAUGCUCGGCGACGAGUUCCCGCUAGAAGAACUUCUCAGUUUUAUCGAAUCUCGUAAACCAGUCACGUUUUGGAAGAACUUGAGCAAGGCCUUCAAGAAUGAAAAGAAGGCUGUGAAGAAGAAGGGCGUGUUUGGAGUACCCCUCGAGCUCAUCAUUGAACGCGAUGGAGCGGACUCGACUGAUGGCGUGGGCCCCGGUGCACUACGGAUCCCUGCGGUACUUGACGACUUGAUAAGCUCCAUGAGAAAGAUGGACCUCUCGGUGGAGGGAGUGUUCCGAAAGAACGGCAACAUCAAGAAAUUGGGAGAGAUGUGCGAGACCAUUGACCGGGAGGGGUCCGACACGGUCAAUUUUAUGGAGCAGCCAGUCGUGCAGGUUGCCGCCCUUUUGAAACGCUAUCUCCGCGAGCUGCCCGACCCUCUCAUGACCUACAAGCUAUACCGGUUGUGGAUCGCUGCCGCCAAGAUCCCCGACGACGAGAAGAGGAGGCAAUGUCUUCACCUAGCCUGUUGCCUACUGCCCAAGUGCCACCGAGAUGCCCUCGAAAUCCUCUUUUGCUUCCUCAAGUGGGCCGGCUCCUUCCACCAAGUGGAUGACGAAUCGGGCUCGAAGAUGGACAUCAAAAACUUGGCCACCGUCAUCGCCCCCAACAUCCUCAUCUCCAACGAAAAGUUGCCCGCCUUGGACAGCGACCACAUGUUUGCUAUUGUUGCUGUGGAGACCUUGAUCAAUUAUCUGGAAGAGAUGUGCAUGGUACCGGACGAGCUCGCAAGCCUAGCGAGCGAUCCAUACCUCUUUGGAGGAAACGGAGAAAUAACUACGAAAGAAAUCCUGAAACGGUUCCAAGAUCUCCAAGGCCAACGGCCAUCCCAGCCCGCGGCUGAGGUGUACAACAGGCAAGACAUGUCGACGCGGCCACCGCCUCGGAGAGUGGACACCGACCCCUCUCUUUGGCAGCAGGAGAGCAGUGCUAGGCCGAUGCAGGACCCUGCGUACCCGUACCCUAACUCAGGCCCUGCGACGCCGUCGGCGGGCGUAUGGCGAAAUCGAGAGGAGGCCCCUCAAGCGUCACCCUAUGGCCAAAAACUCGACCAGUCCGACCCUCAGCUUGCACCUCCAGACCACGACGCGAACCAGUCUAGAGAGUGGCGCAACUCUGGUUGGGGAGACAAGGAAGCGGAGUAG